UGAGAAAAUCAUUAGAAAUAGUAAAGUAAUAAUUUGCUAUUGACAUUUGUAUUCCCUUUUCAAAGUUUUAGAAAAAGUCUUUGAAUUUAUAUAUUUUUAGAAAUGACUGAAACCAAAGUGAACGAGGCAAUAUGUGAAACUGAGCAGGUUCAUCAUGUGAAGACCCCGUAUAAACGAGAGCUGGUGUGGCGUAACAUAAUACUGAUGGCUAUAUUGCAUUUGUCAGCUCUGUAUGGCUUUUAUUUAGCCAUAACUGCGGUUCAGUUUAAGACAAUUAUAUUCUUCAAUUUUAUUGCUUUCUUUUCAUCGUUUGGUAUUCAGUGUGGAGCUCAUAGACUAUGGUGUCACCGGACAUUCAAAGCCAAACUCCCCCUUCAGGUCAUACUAAUGGUGUUGCAAACAAUGGCCCUCCAGAACGACAUAUUUGAAUGGAGUCGCGACCAUCGCCUGCACCACAAGUACUCGGACACCGACGCUGACCCACACAACUCCAGUCGGGGUUUCUUUUUCUCACACGUCGGUUGGCUUUUAUGCAGAAAACAUCCCGACGUUAAGGAAAAGGGAAAGACUAUGGAUAUGUCAGACCUGGUUAACGACCCACUGGUCAAGUUUCAAAGAGCUUUUUAUAUACCGCUGGUUAUAUUAAUAUGGGGAGCGGUUCCCACGUAUAUACCCUAUUAUCUAUGGGGUGAGUCCCUUUGGAAUGCCUGGUUUGUCUGUGUUAUGCUCCGGUACGCCUCAGUACUCAAUUUAACUUGGUGUGUUAAUAGUGCUGCUCAUAUGUAUGGAAUGAAGCCAUACGACGGUAGUAUAGAACCGGUUGAGGCGGAUAUGAGACACUAUUUAGUAGGCGAAGGCUUUCAUAAUUAUCACCAUACAUUCCCCUGGGAUUACUCGGCCUCUGAGUUGGGU